UCGUUUUUCAAGAAUGUCUGAAGAAGAGCAACAACACGAACAAAUAAAAGAUAAAACUAAAUUGAGCUCUGAAAAAAGCAAAAAUAAUGAAAAGAAACAAUUUUUACAAGAAGUCGAGAAAGCUGAGAAGCGUGGAGUGUGUUAUUUGAGUCACAUUCCUCCUAAAAUGGAUCAUGUUAAGCUCAGGCAGCUUCUUUUUCAGUAUGGGGAGAUACAAAGAAUUUAUGUCACCCCCGAAAAUCCUGAUGCUCGAUUGAAUGGUGAAAAGGCUGGUGGGUUUCGAGGACAAAAGUUCUCAGAAGGGUGGGUUGAAUUUACAGACAAAAGGGUCGCCAAGGAUGUGGCCGAGACGUUGAAUGGUGAACAAAUGGGUAAAAACACGAGUUUCUUUUUCUUUAGUUGGGUAUCUUGCGUAGAAUUAUAGAUAUUCAGAUGCUACAAGGCUAUCAUAAGGAUUCAACACCUUGUGACAUGAGGGACUGCAAAAAUCGA